AUGGCUCUCCGGCUCUCCCUCUUCCACAUCUCGGCUAUCAUCCUUCUUGCCGUCUUUUCCCUCGUUCCCAGCCAUGGAGAGUCGGCCACUACACAGCGUGUCUGUUCAACUCAUGAUCACCCCAACCCGCUGGCUGAAUUAUUCCCGAACAAUGCCACGGGGGUUCUCAAUGCGACGCUGGCCAUUAUUCCGAUCCCAUUGGAGACAGCUCGUCGUCUGAUCCCGCCUCAGUAUGGGAUCCUCGAAAAGGCUUACCGGGCCCUCAUACCAAGUUUCCCGGGCGGCAUGUAUCCAGUCAUGGUUCAGGCAGCACAUGAUCAUGACGUUCAGUUCCGAGCCUACGGCGUUACCAUUGACGACUUCUCGCGGGUUGGCUUCGAGUUUCCGUUCUUGGAUCUCCUGGGUGACGGAUACUCCUCUUUCCGCUGGGCCCCGGCGCAGCUCAUUAGCGCGACCAACGAGAUUGCCCUGGAGGGUUCUCGGAAAUAUGGCACCCUCGUCUCCCCAGCGGAGUACGUGCCGUUCUGUGACGCCUAUUUGCGUAUGGCGAAUGGAGCAACAUACUUCAGGGGUAUCAGUUUGACAACGUCCGAACACUUUGAAUUGGAAAUGACACGGAUCUCACAUCCCACUCGAAACCCGUAUCCUCUCGAACUGUUCAAGAACAUCACCAACCAACCCACGUUUGCGAAUGGAUUGUCAUGCGACAACAUGAUUCGGCUGUUCAACACCACCAUGUCAGUCGACGAGUACGCGCCGGUGCCCGUCCAUGGGAGGGUAAGGGCACGAGCUUUCCCGUUCGAAGCGGUUGAGGAGGAGUGGGCGGACAUCUACGGCGUGAAAAUAGCGACGCCCUUCAUUGAGAACAACUACCUCGACUGCCGGACGAUGCGAGGAUACUCGGGGACCGGCGGGCCGGGCGACUCGUAUACACAUGAUCCUCACCCUAUUAAUGAACUAUGA